CAGAAACCCUUGUCAAUUAUAGAAAAUAAACAAAAAUUAAAAAUAUUUUAUUUAAAAAAAAAAGCUUAACAGGAACAUCGUUUAUUUUUUUUUUCAUCGGUUCUCUUGCUAAUGGUGGCUCCUAAUAGAACAGGUUCAGGAUUAUCAUUGAUCCCGGAAGAAAAUUCUCGAAACAUGCCGUCUUCAUCAAAAAGUACAGAAAGUUUGUACUCAAAUACUUCUAGUUCAAAAGGUUCUGCAACGAUACUCUAUCGAAGAAAUGCUCCUCUUGGACGACAUUCGGUAUUCAUACCGGCUACAACCGAAGUACGCCAACGUGUCUUAUCGGCAAGACGUUUAAGGAUGAAAACUUUUCAAAACCAAUUAGCUGAUGCACAGCAACAUAUUUCGGAGUUAGCCCAUGAAAAUCGAAUGCUUCGUACACUACACAAACGACAGGAUCUAGCUUUGUCCAAAUAUGAAAGUACCAACGCUGAGUUACCCCAACUUUUGCAUUCCCACGCUGAAGAGGUCAGAGUAUGGCAAAUGAAAUAUCGGAAUCUUCAAGCUCAAAAUAAAGAACUUCUCUUUAAGUUGAAGCAAAAGGAAAGUCUAAUUCUUUCUUUGGGUGAUCAAAAUAAACAUCUUACCCAACUGAAUAGGGAUAAAAAUCUAGAAGAUCGACAACGAUUAACAGAGAAAGUACAACAGCUCGAAACUCGUUUACAAGAAAAGGAAACUGACAUGAAACUCUUAGCUAGACGGCUUCAACUUGAAACCAAGAAUUCCAAAAAGGAAUUGUUUUCAGAGCAAAAAAGACGAAAGGAAGCUCUAAUGCAAUUAGAGAAAGUCAAACAAGAACUUUCCGGUUAUGUUAAGAUUGAUGAAUUAAAUUUAAACGAUAAAUUAACCAAAUUAUCAAUCGGUUCUUUGAGCAAUAUUACCAAUGGAAUUCAUGGAUAUGAUGAGAGGAACAAUAAAUCCCAAACAAUUCUAACACCGUUGGAUAAAAAAUCUAGUGACCAAUCGGGUGAUCAAAGUAAUAGAUCAUUAGGAACAGAUAGAUCUGAUAUUUUUGUAAAUACUGGAAGAACAAGUCGUAAACUAUCUGGAAAUAAGUUAAUAAGAACAUCAACUCACCGUGGUGGCGGAGAUGGUCCUUCGGAGGAUGAUCAACUUAAUUUUAUGAAAUCCGUUGAAAUAGAAAGUACUCCUGAAUCACACACUGAUCUCGUUUCAUUGGAUUCCAAAUCGGAGGAUAAUAAUUUCUAUGAUGAGGAUUAUGAAGAAAAUGAAGACGAUGAUGAUGGAGAUGAUGGAAUUGAAAAUGUCCGUGAGGUAAGGUCAAAAGCUUAUCCAGUGAAUUGGUUAACUAUGUUUUGUUGUUUUCAGACACCAACUAGUACCAGUAAGAUACCAAUAUUAGAGAAACCUUCAAAAACCGAAGAUAUUCAUUUCAUUCGAAAGGAAAUUAAUGAAGAUUUCAAACAACGUGAGUCCUUCCUUAAUACUUUUUGUAGACAAACUACAAACGAGUCAGCCAAGAUAAACAUUAAUCGAAAAACCAAAUUGCUAGCCGCACUCAAAGCCAUCGAUGGAGGAAGCUCUUCCCAGGAUUGAGGAGGCGGCAUCAUCAAAUU